UUUGAAUGAGCUCCCAAAUGAUAGUAUUUGUAUGAGCAUCACGAAAUAUCAGAGUAUAGCAAUGAUAAAAAAAUGCGGAGAUAAGAUUUUUGAACUCGCUUAUAUUGAGUCUUUACAGGUCAUUUGCACUAAUUCAAAAAAAGAGAAUAAUGUUAUAAAAUUGUGGAGAGAAACCCAAGAUGGAAUAAGUCUUGUCAGUAUUGCAUAUAAACCAACAAGUAAUCAAUUUGAUAUUGUUGGAAUCCAGGUGGCUGAUGAAGAUCUAUAUCUAAACGUUUUAGUGAGAGAUGCAAAUGGGAUAUCAAGAUAUUUCCAUCUUAUUCAAGCUCAAAUAUUUUUUACAAAAAGUACUUCAUAA